AUGGUGCCAUGGCUUGUGCGUGAAUACGCCAUCAGCGAGAACAACCCGCGCGUCAUCGACGACGCGCGCGCGCGGAAGCUGGCCACCGACCUCAAGCGCUGCUCCUACUACGAGACGUGCGCCACCUACGGCCUCAACGUGGAGCGCGUCUUCCAAGACGAUGGCGUGGUUAUUGUUAUUACUACUAUUAUCAUUAUCAUCAUCAUUAAUAUUAUUACAAUCAUUGUCAUCUUCAUCAUUCUCAUUUCUAUAAUUAUCAUUAUUAUUAUUAUCAUUAUUAUUAUUACUAUUAUUAUUAUAUAUUAA